CCGAGGGCUUCUCCGGACCUACGAGCCUGCAGCUUGGACCAUUACAGGAUCCAGAAACAUGUCUACCACGCUUCUAUCUGCCUUCUACGAUAUCGAGUUCUUGUGCAAGACGGAAAAAUCCCUGGCCAGCCUCAAUCUGAACAGCAUGCUGGACAAGAAGGCGGUGGGGACGCCCGUGGCCGCCGCCCCUAACUCGGGCUUCGCUCCGGGCUUCCUCCGACGGCACUCAGCCAGUAACCUGCACGCGCUCGCGCACCCCGCGCCCAGCCCCGGCAGCUGCUCGCCCAAGUUCCAGGGCACUGCUAGCGGCGGCGCAGCGGCGGGCGGCGCGGCCUCCUUCGGGCCGCUCAAGGAGCCGUCGGGCAGCGGCGGCACAGCCCUGCUCAACAAGGAAAACAAAUUCCGGGACCGCUCGUUCAGCGAGAAUGGAGAGCGCAGCCAGCAUCUCCUGCACCUGCAGCAGCAGCAGAAGGGCGGCGGCGGCUCCCAGAUCAACUCGACGCGAUACAAGACCGAGCUGUGCCGGCCCUUCGAGGAGAGCGGCACGUGCAAGUACGGCGAGAAGUGCCAGUUCGCACACGGCUUCCACGAGCUGCGCAGCCUGACCCGACACCCCAAGUACAAGACGGAGCUGUGCCGCACCUUCCACACCAUCGGCUUCUGCCCCUAUGGGCCGCGCUGCCAUUUCAUCCACAAUGCGGACGAGCGGCGGCCCGCGCCGGCCGGGGGCGCCUCCGGGGACCUGCGCGCCUUCAGCCCGCGCGACGCGCUGCACCUGGGCUUCGCCCGGGAGCCGCGGCCCAAACUCCAUCACAGCCUCAGCUUCUCUGGCUUCCCGUCGGGCCACCACCAGCCCCCGGGGAUCGAGUCGCCGCUGCUGCUCGACAGCCCCACGUCGCGCACGCCGCCGCCUCCUUCCUGCUCGUCAGCCUCUUCCUGCUCCUCGUCGGCCUCGUCCUGUUCAUCGGCCUCCGCGGCCUCCACGCCGUCGGGCGGCCCGGCAUGCUGCGCCUCGGCGGCGGCGGCGGCAGCAGCCGCGCUGCUGUACGGGGCGGGGGCCGCAGAGGACCUGCUGGCGCCCGGUCCCCCGUGCGCCGCCUGCUCGGGCGCCAACAACGCCUUCGCCUUCGGCCCCGAGCUGAGCGGUCUCAUCACGCCUCUCGCCAUCCAGACCCACAACUUCGCCGCCGUGGCCGCAGCCUACUAUCGCAGCCAGCAGCCGCCGCAGGGCCCGGCGCCCCCCGCGCAGCCUCCCGGCGCGCCCCUCCCGGCCGCUGCCGCCUCGCCGCCCUUCGCCUUCCAGCUGCCGCGCCGCCUCUCGGAAUCGCCCGUGUUCGACGCGCCCCCCAGCCCCCCGGACUCGCUGUCGGACCGCGACAGCUACCUGAGCGGCUCCCUGAGCUCCGGCAGCCUCAGCGGUUCUGAAUCCCCCAGUCUCGACCCCGGCCGGCGCCUGCCCAUCUUCAGCCGCCUGUCCAUCUCCGAUGACUGAGGCAAGAGGGCGCCAGUGAGGAGGAA